AUGGGUAUCGAUCUCGACCGCCACCACGUGCGCAGCACUCACCGCAAGGCUCCCAAGAGCGACAAUGUGUACCUUAAGCUCCUCGUGAAGCUUUACCGCUUCUUGACCCGUCGCACCGACGCCAGCUUCAACAAGGUCAUCCUGCGCCGUCUCUUCAUGUCGCGCAUCAACCGCCCUCCCGUCUCCAUCUCCCGCAUUGUCGGCAACCUGGACAAGGAGGACAAGCGCACCAUCGUCAUUGUCGGCACCGUCACUGACGACAACCGUCUCCUGACCGUCCCUAAGCUGACCGUCGCCGCCCUGCGCUUCACCGCCACCGCCCGCGCUCGCAUCAUUGCCGCCGGCGGCGAGGCCAUCACCCUCGACCAGCUUGCUCUCCGCGCCCCUACCGGCAGCAACACCCUGCUGCUCCGCGGACCCAAGAACUCCCGUGAGGCCGUCAAGCACUUUGGCUUCGGUCCCCACAAGCACAAGAAGCCCUACGUCGAGUCCAAGGGCCGCAAGUUCGAGAAGGCCCGUGGUCGCAGACGCUCCCGCGGCUUCAAGGUCUAA